CCCUGCCGUCAAAUAUUUAAAAGAGCAGAGAGCGAGCUGCUUGACUCAUCUGCACAAAAACACAACGAACUGGAAAUAACUAUCGGAAAACAUCACUCCACAAUGUCAACAACGGGGCAGGUGAUCAGGUGCAAGGCAGCUGUUGCCUGGGGACCUGGCAGGCCCCUGGUCAUUGACGAUGUGGAGGUGGCCCCACCCAAGGCCCAUGAAGUCCGCAUCAAGAUUGUUGCCACCAGCGUGUGCCACACAGACUGGGAAUGCCUGUAUGGGACUAGAAAAGGGAUGAAGUCUAGACCAUUCCCAUUAAUUCUCGGCCAUGAAGCGGCAGGGGUAGUGGAGAGUGUUGGUCCAGAAGUCACCAAAUUCUCCCCGGGGGAUAAAGUUAUUCCUCUUUUUCUGCCUCAGUGUGGGGAAUGCGAACGAUGUCAGAGUCCUAAAACAAACCACUGCAGGAGGAACUGGGCAAAUACACAAAUGGGUGUUUUGGCUGAUGGCACAAGCAGGAUAUCUUGCAAGGGGCAGCAGGUGUUCCAGUUCCUAGGUGUCAGUUCUUUCUCCCAGUACACUGUGGUUCCUGACACCUCACUUGCAAAGAUAAGAAGCGAUGCACCGCUGGAUAAAGUUUGUCUGCUAGGUUGCGGUGUCUCGACUGGUUAUGGUGCAGCUGUUAAAACAGGCAAGGUUGAAAAAAAUUCCGUGUGUGCCGUGUUUGGGCUCGGAGCUGUCGGACUGGCCGCCGUCAUGGGCUGCCAGGCCGCCGGGGCGAAAAGGAUCAUCGGGGUUGACAUCAACCCUGACAAGUUUGCGAAAGCCGUGGUGUUUGGAGCCACUGAAUGUGUCGACCCCGGAGAUCACAGCCGGCCCAUCCAGGAGGUUCUGGCAGAGAUGACAGGCGGAGGUGUGGACUACGCUCUGGAGUGUGUCGGAAGUCCAGCUAUCAUGAGCGCUGCACUUGAGUCUACAAUAGAUGCCUGGGGCACCUGUGUGAUUGCUGGGUGGACAGAGACAGAAGCAAUGAGCGUUGUGGUUGAGAAGAUCCUGAUGGGACGCACCUUGAAGGGGACUUACUUUGGAGGCUGGAAGAGUGUGCAGGAUGUGCCUAACCUGGUGGACGACUACAUGAACAACAAGCUGAAGCUGGAUGAGUUUAUCACCCACACCCUCCUGCUGGAUCAAAUCAAUGUGGCCUUUGACCUUUUGAAAAGUGGGAAAAGUAUCCGUACUAUAAUCAGUCUAUGAGAUUCUCCAGAGGAGGCUAAACCUAAAGAGGCUACUAAGGAGGAUUGACACUCGUGGCAGGCAAAUUAGCGCAUUUGCCACUAGAUGGCAGUCUCAUGUCACGCAACCGCUCCUGUAUUCGUGUCAGUGAAUACCACCUAACUUUAUAAAGACACUGUGUUUCUACCUGCGA